AUGAGCUUCUUCUCCGGCAGCAGCAAGAACCACCUGAGGACAUUCAGGGCAAAGAAGAGCUUGUCACCCAGGAACAAGGGUACGCAGUUGAGGAAGCUCAUUGACUCCACUCUCGGCAGCGGCAACCUGCGAGAGGCAGUCCGCCUGCCCACUGGGGAAGAUCUCAACGAGUGGCUGGCUGUCAACACUGUUGACUUCUUCAACCACAUAAACGUCCUGUACAGCACCCUGGUGGAGUUCUGCACUCCACAUACCUGCCCAGUCAUGGCAGCUGGACCAAAGUACGAGUACAGGUGGGCCGAUGGAGUCAAUGUCAAGGUGCCCAUCAAGGUGUCUGCACCCAAGUACGUGGACUACCUGAUGGACUGGAUAGAAAUCCAGCUGGAUGAUGAAGACAUAUUCCCUCAACAGCUUGGAGCUCCUUUCCCUCCCAACUUCCUUGACGUUGUCAAGACGAUCUUCAAACGCCUCUUCAGGGUGUAUGCGCACAUAUACCACUCCCACUUUCAGAUGAUCGUCAAGCUCAAGGAAGAGGCACAUCUCAACACCUGCUUCAAGCACUUCGUGUUCUUCGCACUGGAAUUCAACCUGAUCGAGAGCACAGAGCUGACUCCUCUCAGGGAGCUGAUCGAGCCCCUGAAAGUUCAGUACUAA